AUGAUUCAUACCAAGUUUGGCGGGAGUGGACUGGGCUUGUUUAUCUGCAAGAGGAUAUCCGAACUCCUUGGCGGUCGUAUCGAACUAGAAAGUCAGCUAGGAGUUGGGAGUGCUCGCACCGGACAACCGCAAAAGACCCUGGAGGAUACCAUAUCUACUCUGAAACUCACUGCUCCAGCACCUACACUCUCUUACAGCCCUGUCAAAUCGAUCACACCUGGUCCCGUCAACAUCCACUUCCUCAUUGUCGAGGAUAACAUCAUCAACCAGACUGUUCUCAAGCGUCAGAUUGUCAAAGCGGGUUUUACCUGCGACGUAGCGAAUAAUGGCCAGGAAGCUCUCGACUGUAUACAUGAUUCCACAGGAAAGCGGGUCUACGAUGUGAUACUGAUGGACCUCGAGAUGCCAAUUAUGGAUGGUCUAACUGCUGUCAAGCAUAUACGGCAGUCUGAAGCACAGGGCGUCCUCAAGCCUCAGCUCGUCAUCGCGUUGACUGGUAAUGCGAGGCAGGGACAGAUAGACCAGGCUCUAGCUGCUGGGAUGGACGAUGUCAUCAUCAAACCUUACAAAUUACCCGACCUAAUUGCCAAAGUCAAGGGCAAAAUCCCACUUAGUAAUGGUCACGCGAAUCUUACGUGA